AUGGUUUUGUUUAUGUGGGGCGAUGAUGCCGGCGUUAAAUGGACGCUUGGCCAACUGCGCCAUUUGAUCGGUCAAGCGAUGCAUUUGCGGGCACAACCACGCAUGGAGUUCGUUUGGAUUACUCAUUUCCCGCUGUUUAUCAUGAAUACAAAUGGUCGUCUGGAAUGCGCUCAUCACCCGUUCACUGCUCCGGUGCCCGAUGAUUUGCCCUUGCUCUACAGUCCUGACAAGCUUCUUACAAUUACUGCCCAACAUUAUGAUUUGGUGCUAAAUGGUGUGGAGCUCGGUGGUGGUUCGAUUCGAAUUCACAAGGAGGACAUUCAACGGCACGUAUUGACAAACAUACUUGGCGAAUCUCCAAUCGAUCUUGACCAUAUGCUUGUUGCCCUGUCUUAUGGUGCUCCUCCUCAUGGUGGUUUUGCAAUUGGCCUCGAUCGAUAUAUGGCACUGCUGGUAGGACGUGGAGAUUCCAGUGUGCCGAUACGGGAAUUUCCUGAACGACUUUCUGCUCUUUAA